AUGGCCGACCAAAAGCCGGCUGUUCUCAUUGUUGGAGGCUUGGGAUUCAUCGGCCGCCACUUAGCUCUUUACAUCCACGAAAACAAUCUAGCCUCGGAAGUUCGACUUGUUGAUAAGGUCCUCCCGCAGCUUGCUUGGCUGUCGCCUGAAUUCGAAGAAGCUUGCUCCAAAGAGAAGUUCGUUCAGGCUGAUGCUAGCAGGGAGCAGCACUUUUCCCGCAUCUUCGAUCGCGCAAAUGGCAAACAAUUCGAUUACGUGUUCAAUUGCGGAGGCGAGACGAGGUACUCCCAACCCGACGAUGUAUACGAGGUUCGAAGCUACAACCUGACUUUGGCCCUGGGCCGCGAGGUCGCCCGUCGAGGAAUUCGCUCCUUUGUUGAAUGCUCCACUGCCCACGUCUACAAAUCCGGCUCUUCCCCGCGAAAAGAAAGCGAUAAACUCCAGCCAUGGCACAAAUUAGCGAAAUGGAGGAUGAAGGCGAACGAGGAGUUGAUGAAGAUUCCAAAUCUCCACUAUGUUGCUAUGCGACUGCCGAACGUAUAUGGUGAAUACGAAUCCGGGUACUUCUCUACGGGAAUUUGUCUUGCGCGAGUGUACGUGGAUAUGCAAAAGGACCUUGAGCUUCUUUACAGCAAAGACCUUAAGGUGAACACUCUCUACGUGAAAGAUGCUGCUAGCGCCUUAUGGAAAGCAGCGGAGUGGAGAUAUAAUGCCCCUACAGAUGGAUCGGCUCCUAAUAUUUUCAACGUCGUCGAUCACAAUGAUACGCGACAGGCCCACAUAGCUGAGGCUCUUACGGAGGUAUUCGGGCUAAAAUGCUCUUUUCUGGGCUCUCUCGCAUCGCAAUUCGCCAAACUGAACUUGGAUGAUGUGGUUGACGACAUGAACGAGGUAUCAUUGCAAGUCUGGUCUGACUUGAUUGAAGAAAAAGGCAUUGAACGCCCUGGACCCAUUAGUCCCUUCCUCGAGAAGGACACGCUCCGUGACCAGGAUAUGUCGAUUGACGGCACUCUUUUCGAGAAAACAACCGGUUGGAAACCGUCCAGGGAGCGCUUCACGCCUGAUUGCAUUCGCGAUAUGGUUGAAAGCUACAAGCGAAUGGGCUGGUGGCCAUAG